AUGAAGGAUAUAGGAAUUGAACACGAUAUAGGAAUGAGUAAACGCAGUAACGCCCAUACAACAUUAGUAGAGACGCGCCGCGUUGCCCCUGAUUCCCAGGGCACUUUGGCAAAACUUCGGCGCGUGCCUUUGGCCAAAGGUGCGCCGCGUGCGCCGCGUGUGCGCAAUUUCGUGGCAGAUGUGGCAGCGCAGCGCUCGCUGUGCCUUACACGACACGGCGACACGGCGCACGGAACUGCAGAUACUUUCGUGUUUUCAAUGGUGACUCAGAUAGCCGGAGCCCAUUUAACUGCAACCCCAGAGGUGUUCAGAUGUCCA